AAAUAUGUUAGUACAGAGUUUAAAUUAUUUAUUGUUAAUUUUAAUUUUUGAAACUUGUUCAACAAUAAACGUCGAAAUUAUUCAAAAGCGUUUUCAACGAACUCUGGGUUGUUCAGAACAGGACCACCGAAGUUGUGAUGAUGUUUGCAAAGGGGAUAGUUAUUGGUAUGGAUUUUGUUCAGCAUGGGAUGGACGGGACCUAAAAUGUAGUUGUAGUGGUUAUAGAUAUCCUUUGGAAGGAAAUGUUUGUGGGCCUUCGAGACAACAAAAAUGUGUGGAGGAAUGUAGAGGGAAGGGUCAAGAAUCUGGCGGUUACUGUGUUGUGUCACCCAGUACAGAAAAUCGUAGAGGAGUGCCUAAAUGCUCUUGUUUUGGAAAACCUAGAUAA